AUGAGUGAUAAAUUAGAAGAUAUAGGGGAGUUUGUUUUAGUCAUUGGAGAUUUCCAUUCCCCUAUGAGAAAUUUAGGACUUCCUGAUUGUUUUAAAGAACUUUUGAAGACUGACAAAAUAAAACAUGUAUUAUGUACAGGAAAUGUAGGAUGUAAUGAAAAUUUAGAAUUGCUUAAAAAUAUUGCUGACUCUGUUCAUAUAACUAAAGGAGAUAUGGAUAGUAACUUUGAUUUCCCAGAAAAAAUAAAUAUUAAAAUUGGCGACUUUAAAAUAUCCUUAGUUCAUGGUCAUCAAAUUAUUCCUUGGGGUAAUUUAAAUGCACUCUUACAAUGGCAAAAAGAAUAUGAUAGUGAUAUAAUUAUUAGUGGGCACACACACAAAAAUUCUAUUAAUAAUUUUGAAGGGAAAUAUUUUAUUAAUCCUGGUUCAGCAACUGGCGCAUUUCAACCUUGGGUUUCUAACCCAGUCCCGAGUUUUAUAUUAAUGGCAAUUUCUAAAAGCUCUAUUGUUGUAUAUGUAUAUGAAGAAAAAUAUGGAAAAAUGAAUGUUGAAAUGAGUGAGUUACGUAAGGAAUAA